GAGAGAUAUACAUAUAUACUGUAUACUACUAUAAUCGAAGAAAAAACAGCCUUUUAAAAAAAUAUGCAGUUAAAUAGAGAGGGAUAGACAAUUUAAAGACUUCCAGAGUAUAACAGUGAAUGGAAAAGACGAGGAGAAUUAGUAAUUAAACGUUGCUACUAUGACACUUUUUAGAUAUCAAACACUUCAGCUUAUCAUUUGUAUUUUCGGUUUGACUGAGAAAUCUUGUAAGAUAUCCAAGCAAACUAAAUACAAAUCAGAUUCAAUUAAACGGGGAACUGACAGUUUCAUUCCCAUACAGGAUGAUGAAAGUUCACAUGGAAAUAAUCACAAAGCCUGUUUGCAGUUUUUAUCUGAACAUGAACUUCAUUCACAGGUAUGUAACAAUUGAAAUGACACUCAUUGAUUUCCUUUUUCUCUCUCUGUCUGUCAGUGUCUCUUUGCCUCCAGCCAUGCCCUCAUUUUCAACCCUACCACAUGUUUGGCUGAGCCUCCUCCUCUUCCUCUCGUACCACUCCCUUGUCCUCUCCUGUCAGAUUGGCACCAGCAGCCAGUGUCAGUCUGCUCCUUUUGUACCAGGCUACAACCUGGUGGGAGAGGGCUUUGAUGUGGUCACCUCACGGAGAAAAGGAGCCUACAUGGUUGAUGUUCGGACCUUCCUCGCUCCAAAUGGAACCUGUACUCUCUGCUCCAACCCCCUUCAAGGCAACAAGCUGCAGAAAGUGGGACUAGAUUUUAAUAAUGUCGGCCUGGAGGUGGGGGGAACACGUUCCACUGCGUAUAACUUUGCCACAGCCAGAAGCAGAGAGGACCGUUACACCUUCAGCACACACAGAGCCACAUGUAGCCAUUACAGUUACCGUGUGUCGACCAAACCGCCCCUCAGCUCUGAGUUCGGCAGGGAUUUGGAGAGACUUCCUGCUUACUACAGCUAUUCAACAAGGGCCCAGUACAGACGGAUCAUAGAGACCUACGGAACACAUUAUAUCCGCCAGGUGUAUCUUGGGGGGCGAUACAGGCGAGUCACAGCUACACGUACCUGUUUGUCCAGGUUGAAUGGUCUGUCCUCACAGCAGGCACACGACUGCUUAUCACUGGGUGUAAAUGUAGGCCUGGGAAAAUUCAAACUGCCUGCUAGCAAAAAGUUCUGCACCAAGAUCCUACAGAACCAGGGUGUCUCUAGCUUAUACAGCUCUGGUCUCCACCAACAUUAUACAGAGGUGGUAGGAGGCACUGGCUGGGUGGGUGAGUUUUCUCUCCUCCGUGAUGACUCCCUGGGCUAUCGUAAUUGGCUGAAAACCCUCAAGGACCACCCUGAUGUUGUCCGGUAUUCUCUAAGACCAAUGUAUGAGCUGGUGCCAUACUGGUCAAAAAGGAUCGGACUGAAGGCUGCCACAGAGCAGUACUUAAAAGACAACAGCAUCAGGAGCUCAACCAGACAACCAUACUGUGGCUACAGUAUCCCCAACCUGGAUAACCAAUGCUGCCCUAAACAGGCCUGGAGAGGAACACUGGUGGUGACCAUUGUCCGAGCCUGGCGUCUGAAAGGAGAUUUUUGGGGCAAGACUGAGGGGUGCGUAGACAACAAGAGAAGAUCCAGAGAGAAGGCACAAUAAACAUGAUGCAUCAAACACAAACAUUGACACAGUUGUUUGCUUUUCUGUGUUUUUCCCAACUUGUAGGUAUGUCAAGAUGUGGUACGGUUCCAUCUACCGCAAGACCCGUGUGAUCAGGUCAAACUACCCUCGCUGGAACGCUCGCUACUAUCUGGGCAAGGUCGAUACUAAUCUUCUCUUUACAGAUUAAUUUAAGAGUCUACAUCAGAGAGCAAAGCAUAUCACUUCAAUCCCAAAAACAGCUGAGGUCUAAAGGAAUUUUUAAAGGAAUAAUUUGACAUAAUGGUAAAUAUGAUAAUUUGUGCUCUUGUCAAGAGUUAGAUGAGGAUAUUGAUACCACUCUCAUGUCUGUACAACAAACAGCUCACCUGACUUUGUCCUUAGUGAGUUUUAGAGGUGCAGGUAGGCAUAUUUCAUUGUACAGAUAUGAGAACAGUAUAAAUCUUUAAUCUAACGCUGCAAAAAAGACAUUUUCCAAAACGAAAAACAAUUUUUUUUAACCAGUCAACGUUGAUAC